UGUAUUGUUUAAACUGCUCAAAUCGACCGUGUGUUUCGAGAUUUAGAAAACUUCCAAAUUGAAUGAUGGCGGCCGCAGUGUCCGUUAGCGCAGCUGCCAGAGAAGAAAGCACAGAUAUAGGCACCAUCAACUCUGCCUCCCGUCCACUCCACGAGAGCUACGACGUCGACCAAGGAAACUGGAUGUCAAGAAAUCAGGAGCACGUAGAGCUUGAGCCCGGCGGGGAAGAUGCGGCGACAUCGUGGCACGACUGUCCGCGAAGAGUCGACGAAGAGUUGACAUCGUUGAACCCUGAAGAGAUCGAGAGUCGCCUCGAUAGGACCCGUCGAGAGUUUUAUAACCGCCGCAAAAUCACAAUCAAGAAUUUACCAUCAGAUAUUAGUAAUCAGGAGGUGCACGAGCUUUUGAGCAACUAUGAUCUCAAGUACUGCUUCGUGGACAAGUACAAGGGCACAGCCUUUGUCACGCUGCUCAACGGCGAGCAGGCGCAGCGGGCCAUCAAGGAGUUCCACCAGCACGCGCUACGCGACCGCGACCUCUCGGUGCAGCUGCAGCCCACGGACGCGCUGCUGUGCAUCGCCAACCUGCCCCGGGCGCUCACGCAGCAGCAGUUCGAGGAGCUGGUGCGGCCCUUUGGCAACCUGGAGCGCUGCUUCCUGGUGUACAGCGGCGCCACGGGCCACUCCAAGGGCUACGGCUUCGUGGAGUACAUGAAGAAGGACUCUGCGGCGCGCGCCAAGUCGGAGCUGCUGGGAAAGCAGCUGGGCUCGCGCACGCUGUACGUCCACUGGACGGAGGUGGGCUCCCUCACGUACCCGCUGCUGCACUCGCGCUGCCUGUGCGUGGACCGCCUGCCCCCCAGCCUGAUGACCGCCCAGGACCUCCGCAACGCCCUGGCCGACGCCCACACGUCCAUCUUCUGCCAGCUCGCCCAGGGACAGGAUGUGAGCUUUCGGCGCUUUGCGGUCCUCGAGUUCUCCUCGGGGGAGAUGGCCGAGGAGGCACAGCGGCUGGCCGACGGGCGCCUGCUGGGCGGCUCGCACAUCCGGGUCUCCUUCUGUGCCCCCGGUCCACCGGGACGCAGCAUGCUGGCCGCCCUGAUCGCUGCCCAGACCAUGGCGGUGAACCGGGGUAAGGGGCUCCUGCCAGACCCCACCGCCAUGCAGAUCCUCACGGGCCUCAGUAACCCCGCCACGCUCAAGAUGCUGCUCAAUCCAAUGAGCCAGGGCCGUAAACAAGGUAUUCUCGGGAUGGGCCCGCCUCCCUCCAUGCCCCUGCUGGCAAACCCGGCCCUCUCUGCUGCCCUCCUGCAGAUGCUCCUGCAGAACCAGGCUCAGGCUCAACAGGCAGGACUCAUGGGGGACAGUCCUCUGGCGACGCUGCCUCUCCAGCAGGGCCUCCAUAUGCUCGGAGAGCUCCCACAAG